AUGUUCAUGUGUGUGUUUGGAAGCAGCAUUGGCGACCACAUGGCUUCCAUCCCUGACGUGGAAACACAGGGCAGAUGCAGUGAGAAGGUCACCUUAGCCCAGUCUGAGAAGCAGAGUCUGGAAGGAAGGAAGUCUAAUGAGAGCAUGCUGAAGUCCACAGAGCUAAAACUCAAGCACCCGGCUACAUUUGAUGCUUGGUCAUUUUCUGAGACAAUGUCCCCCAAACAACAGCAGCUUUCACUUGAAGCACUUCGGCGAUUCAUCCACGCAAAUUUGUUUUUUAUCCUCACAGAAGAGACGGGCUGUGUCCAUGGGCACCACCUGCCCUAUUUCUUGGGAGUAUUUGAAAACACGGUGAAUGACAGACUAUUCUCCCUAGAUGUGACAAUAGCACUUCUCUCUUUAUCCCAGACGACAGCUGGAAUUCUGGGCAAUGUCUCCCUCCUUUACCGUUACCUCUUUCUCUGCCACACUCAGAGCAGGUCGAGGACCACAGACUUGAUUCUCCAGCACCUGACUCUCGCCAACUCCUUGGUCAUUCUCUCUAAAGGAGUCCCUCACACAGUGGCUGCUUUGGGGCUGAAGUAUUUUCUCAGUGGUUUUGCAUGUGAACUUCUUUUCUAUGUCCACAGAGUGGGCAGGGGUGUGUCCACUGGCCCCACGUGCCUGUUGAGUGUGUUCCAGACCAUCGUGAUCAGCCCCACGCACUCCUGCUGGAAGGGUCUUAAAGUCAAAGCCCCCAAAAUUGUUCACUUCUGCAUUGUCCUCUUCUGGAUCCAAAAUAUGUUUUUAAAUUCAAUUAAUCCUAUCUAUGUGUUGCAUGUGUCUAGCACAUGGAGCAAGAAAAAUAUCACAAAGUUUAGAGAUUGGGGGUUCUGUUUUACUACAGAUCGUGAACAAAUCACAGGCCUGAUACAUACAGUAUUGAUAGUUGUCCCUGAGGUUUCAUUUUCUGUGAUUAUUACCUGGGCCAGUGGCUCCAUGGUUUUCAUCCUGUACAGACACAGCGAACGGGUCCAACACAUCCAUGGGAAUCAGGUUUCCCCCAGGUCCUCUGCUGAAUCCACAGCCACCCAGAGAAUCCUGGUCCUGAUGAGCACGUUUCUCUCUUCCUAUGCCCUUUCCUCCAUCUCUCACGUUUGUAUUGCUCUUUUUCUCCGUCUUGAUUGGUGGGUAAUGAACAUUUCUGCCCUAAUUUCUCUGUGCUUUCCAACCAUCAGCCCCUAUCUCUUCAUGAGUCACAGGAACAUGGUACUGGCUCUAAAGACCAUCACGCUGCGCCCAGGGUUCUGGCAGCAGAAAGGAGUCAGGUAA